AGGAGGAAGCCGGUGCGGCUCCGUCAGCAGCCAGCCGCUGGUACGCCGUGAGGCGGCGGCGGCGCCAGCGGGCGGUGGCUGCUCUGCUCUCUACAAGUGGGUCCCACGGCGGAGCCGGUAGGCGGCCCGAGGGCCUGGCGCCAUGAAGCUGUACAGCCUUAGUGUCCUCUACAAAAGCGAGCCCAAAGCAGUACUGCUCAAAGCCGCUUACGACGUGUCUUCUUUCAGUUUCUUCCAGAGGUCCAGUGUUCAGGAAUUCAUGACCUUCACAAGUCAACUAAUUGUGGAGCGCUCAGCGAAAGGCAGCAGAGCUUCUGUCAAAGAACAAGAGUAUCUGUGCCAUGUCUAUGUUCGGAAUGACAGUCUUGCAGGUGUGGUCAUUGCUGACAGUGAAUACCCAUCCCGGGUGGCCUUUACCUUGUUGGAAAAGGUACUAGAUGAAUUCUCCAAGCAGGUUGACAGUAUAAACUGGCCAGUAGGAUCCCCUGCUACAAUCAACUACACAGCCCUGGAUGGUCACCUUAGUAGAUACCAGAACCCCCGAGAAGCUGAUCCCAUGAGUAAAGUACAGGCUGAACUUGAUGAGACCAAAAUCAUUCUGCAUAACACCAUGGAGUCUUUGUUAGAGCGAGGCGAGAAGCUUGAUGACUUGGUGUCCAAAUCAGAAGUACUGGGAACACAGUCCAAAGCCUUCUAUAAAACUGCCCGGAAACAAAAUUCAUGCUGUGCCAUCAUGUGAUGCAGCCCAUGGAGGCCGGCACUGGAUCGUCCAUCACUCAUAUCAGAACUGCAGUCCUGAGGAAGAAGAGAUGUCCGAGAAGAGGACCUGGAGCUGUCCAGACUGGUCAUUUUUAUUUUGGAGUUUCCCAGAAGAAACAAGGGACAGUGGAAGGGUGGGGGAAAUUCAAGUUCAUAUGUCUGGUUGUGAUUUUUAGAAAGAAUUUGAGGCCCUCAAAGGUGUAUUUUUGGGAAAACGAAACCAUAAACUCUGAGUGGCUCCCAUAGGUGCUGAAGGGCUCAUUUUCAGCUAACCCCAGAAGGCUCUAUGGGAAGAAAUUUAGAGCCAGCUCUUUUUUGAUCCUCAGUAUGCCUCUGGAUUUCAUUUGUGCAUUAAUGAUAUUAACUCUUCAAUAAGUGGGGUGGGGGAGGGGUCCCUGAUGAUAGGGCUGGGGUGGGCAGAAUUUGAACACUUGGGGAAAGCCUCUCCUGGGGCACCAUGGGGAUGGGGGUGAGCCUGUUUACCACAGUGGCCAGAGUCAGGUGGUAGGCCAGCAGUUUAGGCCUAAGGCCUGUGUGGGGGCAAUGAUUACUAAGUGUCACAAAUUCUCAACCUGUUGUUUAGCUUGUCUUUCUGUAAGGAUUGGCUUCCACCAAGGGCAGGACCCAUCUAAAUACCUUCUACCCCGUACUAUAAAGUUGACUUGUGGGAGGUGUUUGGAAGGGGCUGAGAUAGACAAGAUGUGAAGAUUGUGGCUCUGCCAUCCAGCAGGCUGGAGUUAGGCUCAGGAAAGGGGGCUCUUGUCCUGGUAUUAGCAUGGUCAUCUGGUAGUGCCCGUCUUCAGGGGAAGAUCCACACACCGGUGCCCUCAGCUGCUCAGCAUGGAGUCAUAACCCGCCUUGACUUGGAAUUUGACUUUGAACAUUAGUAUCAAAGUGGUGGGUGCUGCAGACUUUCAAAACUGGUUUUUAUUUGCCUCUUCACUACAAGACUGUCUUGGCAAUUGCCUGGGGCCUGCCUGUCUAAAUAAGUCUUUCCUGUGGAUACCAGGAGGAGGUGCCAGCAGCCUGAUGCCUCCCAGCACCCACCUGAACUUCCUAUGGUGGGAAUUAUACUGACCUGACUAUGAGGCCUUCUCCUGGUCAGAGGCAGCUACGGGAUUGGUCUGAACUGGUGCCCGCAGGAGCCACCUUGACCUUGAGGCCCAUCUCCAGAACCAGGCUGGAACAGUCCAGGGGGUGGGCCUAGGAUGUGCUAAGUACCAAACCGCUUCUUCAUGCCCCACUGUGCUCAAGCUCAAGAUGCCUGCUCAGAGUACACCAGGGGUUCCUGUCCUAACAGAAACCUUUGCUGGAAUGAUACCAUCUACAAGUAUUGAAUCAGUGUCAUCUCAUCCUCAGGAGCCUUAUUAUGAGUUUGCCCUGCUGCUCUGAGAGCCUGCAUGUGGGUGUGGGGUGGGUGGCAGGGUGGGAUCUGCUGUGUGUUUUGAGAUCCCUAUUCCAGUUUGGUUUACCAGCCAUAGCCCUUUUUCCUCUGGGCACUACUGGCCAAAGGGCUUUGGUUUUCCCCGUGGAAUGGCCUGCCUGUGUUUUUUUCCUACUCUCGUAGACAUCAUCAGUCCAGGACCCCCUGAAAGACACAGAUCUAGCCUGUGUCCUGGUACCUGAAGUGGAGUGAAGUGUGCCUGGAUCCCAAAAGAAGAAAUAGCAUGGUUCCUCUUUCCCCUUCCUGCUCUGGAGGAUAUUAGGAAGUAGUGUAGGUAGGUGGAAGAGGUGUGAGAUUGGGGGGAAGAGGAAGGGAGACUGGCCCACAUUUGGCUGCCCUUCAGCAGGAAGGCAGGAGUGGGUGACUUGGAUGGCUCACCCCACAUUCCCCUGCUCUCUGUUAUGUUCUAAUGUUAAAUCAUUUGGCAAGAGUGUAUUUUAAUAACUACUGCCUAACUUCUGUGUUCUGUUUGAGAGGUUCCUGUCUAGAUAAAGUUGUCUUUUGAAACUA